GUCCUCAUCAGAAAUUUCGAAUAAGCGACGAGUUGUGAUAGUACGGGAGAAAUCAAACAAGUUUGUUUUUCGUCAUCCGAAGUUGGUUUAAAUAUUAUGUCGUUCGAAGAGAAUUUAAUAUUGGAGGUCCAGGCAAGACCACUAUUGUGGAAUAAACAAAAUGAACACUAUAAAAAUCGGAAUAAGGCUCACGAGGAGUGGGAGAAGAUAACAAGAUCGUUGGGAAAACCCAGAGAAGUCGUGAAGACCAAAUGGAGAAAUUUGAGGGAUACUUUCCAAAAGGAACUGAAAAAAAUUACUGUUUACCGUUCGGGUGAUCCAGGUAGUCCAACUCUCACUAAUUACACCGGGAAGUGGGUGUAUUUCAACGAUUUAUGGUUCCUAAAAGAUGUCAUGAAACCUCGUGAAACUGAAGGCAACUGCCCUGAAGAGUCUCAAGAAAGUGAGGCGAACUCUGCAGAACAAGAUAUUCUACCAGAGGUCAUGAGAAACGCACAAACGAAAGGCCCUCCUCGCAAGAGCAUGGUACCCAUUUUGCGCCAGCACCACAGUUUACAGAGACAAACGGUUACAUAACGCAGCCUACGGAUACAGUAGAAAUUCGCCAACUAUUUGAACAAUCCAGUGGCACAUCUUCAUCCCAGACUUCACUGGCAUCACCACCAUCACAGUCAAGAGUUACAAAUGUUGAUACUAUUCUCCGACGUAAUGAAAAACAACCAAAUAAGAAAAGGAAACCAUCGCCAUCGGCGGCCGUCAUUACGGGCUUCCAGAGGCAUAUGUUGGAGGUCGAAGAAAAGAAAAUCGCAGCUUUCAAAGAGAGAAGUAGAAUGGUG